AUGUGGGCAAGGGAUAUGGAUAAAAUGGACUUGAUUGUUUUGUCAUUUGGUCAUUGGUUUUUGGACAUUCCUUCAAUUUACUAUGAAGGUGAUUCAGUUAUAGGUUGUUUUAGAUGUCAAGAAUUUAAAUUUAAUUAUAGUGAUAUUGGAUUUUAUAUUCCAAUGAGAAAGGCUUUAAGGACUACCCUUAAUAGCAUAAUUGAGAGGAAAAUGGUUAAAGGGAAUAAAAUUGAUGUGAUUGUGAGAACAUACUCACCUACUCAUUUUGAAGGUGGUUGGGAUAAGGGUGGUACUUGUUCAAAGAGAGAGCCAUAUGGAAAUGAGGAGAAGAAACUUGAAGGAAUGGAUGCUAAGAUAAGAAGUGUUGAGAUAGAGGAAGUGGAAAAUGCUAGGGCAAAAGCUAAACAAUUUGGAUUAAAUUUAGAGGUGCUUGAUAUAACAAAAUUGGCAUUGUUGAGACCAGAUGGUCAUGCUGGUGCUUAUAUGAAUCCUUUUCCAUUUGCAAAUGGAGUUCCAAAAUAUGUACAAAAUGAUUGUGUUCAUUGGUGCUUGCCAGGACCUAUAGAUACUUGGAAUGAGAUUUUGUUGGAGAUGAUGAAGAAGAAAUCUGGAUCAUCGAGGAGAUGA